AUGAAUGCCCAAAAGUACUCCGAAUACAAGGUUGCGUUGAACCCAUUGCACGACAUGCCAGCAGCUUCAGUGGACGGACCAGCUGUGUCUCUGUCCUUUGCCAACAAUUUCUGGGGAAAGGAGGAUGCCGGAGUCCAACCUCUCCUGGAGCGCAUGCUCGCAGCGAAGCAGACUUCUGACGAACUGAAAGCAUUCUACAGCGCACGAGCGUCGAUUGAAGAUGAUUACGCGCGGAAAUUGCUAUCACUGUGUCGCAAACCGCUUGGCUCCCUAGAGAUGGGUAGCCUUAGAACGUCACUCGACACUUUGCGAGGGGAGGUCGAGGCCAUGGCCAAACAGCACCAGAAUAAUGCUGCGCAGAUGAAGAGUGAACUGGAAGAACCGCUUGGUGCCUUUGCUGGGGGGAUGAAGGAGAGGAGGAAGAUCGUGCAGAACGGUAUCGAAAAGCUACUGAAGACGAAGAUUCAGCAGACGCAGCACGUAAACAAGACACGAGAUCGUUACGAACAGGAAUGCCUGAAGAUCAAAGGUUACCUCGCUCAGGGACAUAUGGUCAUGGGCCAGGAGGAGCGUAAAAACAAAGCUAAGCUUGAGAAAACACAGAUUUCGGUUGCAACAUCCAACACGGAAUACGAGCAUGCAGUCAAGGCCCUUGAGGAUACGACGGCUCGUUGGAACCGAGAAUGGAAGGCCGCCGCGGACAAAUUCCAGGACCUUGAGGAAGAGCGCCUCGACUUCACCAAAAGCAGCCUUUGGCAGUUUGCCAAUAUUGCUUCCACAGUAUGCGUCAGCGAUGAUGCUUCAUGCGAGAAGAUCCGUCUGUCUCUGGAAAAGAUGGAUGUUGAGACAGACAUAAUUACCUUCAUCAAUGAACGGGGAACAGGCCAGGAGAUUCCAGACCCUCCGAAAUAUAUCAACUUCUGCAGAGGAGACGCCACUGACACGCAGUCCGAGGCGUCGGAGGACGAAAAUUACUCGGUAGCACAGUUCCCUAGGAGCAUUAAUCCUGCAUUCAGAUCCUCGUCACCACAGCCGUCAACUUACGAACACCUGGACGCGAAAGCGGGCUUGCCGCACGAGGGACGCCCCAAGUCUCGAGCGGUGUGCGACACGGUCAGGUCGACGCUUCCCAAAGUCAUCAUCAGCCGUCGCAGCACCGAGUUCCUCACGAUACGACUCAGCAUGGACCCUUGGCGGCAGUACCACACGACCCUUAUCCACUUGAUGAACGUGUUCUCCGUCACAACCCCAGAUAUGGAAAAGAGAAUGGCAAACAAACCGAAGGCCACUCCCGAAGAAAUUGAUCCGAUUGCGUUGGCACUUGCUGAGUUAAAAGGCGUCGGCGCAGACAAGCAAGCAACCGUCAGGGUGUCUGCCGACCGCUACCACGGCAUCGCUACGCCUGCCCCCAGCUCGCAGCAGUCCUUUGCCAGAUCGGUCCCACCGCUGGCUAGUAACAGCGCUGCAACCGCUGGCCUGAGGGGCACACCCCCACCCUCAUAUGACCAACAAGUACAAAGACUGGGUGUUCCUCCUGCUGCUGUCACUGCCAGGGCUAUGAAGGAAACAUCCCAGAAGUUCACUGAACAAGCACGCUCGGUCACCGCCUCGAAGUGUAUCUCCAAGACCCGAUAUGUCCAGCAGUGCCUCAGGAUCAAGACUACUACCGACAAGGCUCUCCAAACGAUGUGGCAAGAUCAGCGUCCCCGGCACCGUUCCGCGAGUAUACAAGGUCCAAUAGCGGUCCGGCGCAGGUUGACAUGUCCGUUCAAUUGGCGCCGCUCGGAGAUGAGAACCAUGGAUCACAGCGAGGUCGGAAUGGAGGCCGGCCGGGGACAAGCUCCAGUAAUCGUGCUAUGGGGCUUUACGAUGGAGGAGGGCCCGCGCAAAGCGGUUCGCGUCAGCGAAGUAAGAGUGUUGCUGAUCCUUCGCGACAGUACACUCGAGAUGGCCGUGCCAUUCUUCACUUCGCGAGGGCAAUGCACCAAGAUGAUGGUUGGUGGGAAGCAGAAGUACAUGGCGGUAAUGGACGUGUUGGCCUUGUACCUAGCAACUACCUCCAAGCCUGCUGAAAGAUCACGCAUGGCAGGUAACUGA